GCAAAAAACAAACACACAAAAAACAAAACAAAAUUUAAAAACUAAAUGUAUACUUCUUAAGAACACGAAAUUAAGUCCUGUCUAUGACAGCUGAGAGAUAAACACUGAAAGCUAGUUAAAUUUGAAACUCCAGGCUUCAAAUUACCUGAAAGGUAAGGGGAUCAACAUGACUUGACUCAGUCUCCCAAACUGAAGCGUGGGUGCAGCAUAUUGGGGUUCCUCGACAUACCUUCCUUGUUCUUUUAUCUGAAGCAUUGGUGCCUUUAGUUCAACGUAGCGGCUUUGUUCUGUUGCACAUCAAUGUAUUGUGAGGUUGCUUCGCUUCAAACGGAUCCAUUACAUUCUAUUGAAUACAUACAAGCUGUAAGUCAUGAAAAGUGGGAAGACUUUUAGAAAGGGUGUUUUUCUAGUGCUUAGAAAUAGUUCUCCCUCCAUGGGGCUGGAGAGAUGGUAUAGUGGUUAAGAGCACUUGUUCUUCCUGCAGAAGAUCCAGGGUCAAUUCCCAGCAUCCAUAUGGUGGCAUACAACCAUCCAUAACUCCAGUUCCAGGGGGUCCAACACCUUCUUCCGGCCUGCAGGACACUGCACUCAUGUGGUGCACAGCCAUACAUGUACACAAAACACCCAAACAUAAAAUUUUAAAAUUAAAUUUAAAAAAAAGAAAUAGCUCUCCCUGAAAGUUUCCUAAUGUUUCUACCACUGUCCACACACCACACUCACAUACGUUAUCAGUUGAACCUUUACACAGAAGCUCCACGUGAUUCUUGCUAUUCUCAGCCUUGUCCGUGGGCUAAAAUUAGAACGAGGCUGACAUUGCUUUUCACUUCGUUACAGCCCGACAGAGGAUUUCAGUCAUUUGGAUCCACACUGGAAAGAAAAUCACCUCGUGUUUCUAGCUGAAAAUCAGGACCUCUGGGUAUGUGUGUUGGCUGCAGCAUCCCCCAACGGUCUUUCCUGGGGUGGCCUGUGACUCAACUCUUCAGAACUUAAGGAAGUAGAUGACUCGACUACAAUGUGGAAAAAUCAUGACAGAAAAUGCAGUUUGUCCUGGGGCCGUCAAUGCUGUCAAGGAAGUCUGGGAAGAAAGAAUAAAGAAACACAAUGAAGAUGUGAAGCGGGAGAAGGAAUUUCAGCACAAGCUGGUGCGGAUCUGGGAAGACCGGGUAAGCUUAACUAAGCUGAAAGAAAAGGUCACCAGGGAAGAUGGGAGAGUCAUUCUGAAGAUAGAAAAAGAAGAGUGGAAGACUCUCCCUUCUUCUCUACUGAAACUGAGUCAGCUACAAGAAUGGCAACUUCAUAGGACGGGCUUGCUGAAAAUCCCUGAAUUCAUUGGAAGAUUCCAGAAUCUCAUUGUGCUAGACUUAUCUCGAAACACAAUUUCAGAGAUCCCCCGAGGAAUUGGACUGCUCACUAGACUGCAGGAACUGAUUCUUAGCUACAACAAAAUCAAGACUGUCCCCAAAGAGCUGAGCAACUGUGCCAGCUUGGAGAAGCUGGAACUGGCUGUGAACAGAGAUAUAUGCGACCUCCCUCCGGAGCUCAGCAAGCUGUUAAAACUCACCCACCUUGAUCUGAGUAUGAACCACUUCACUACAAUCCCUCUUGCUGUGUUGAACAUGCCUGCCCUUGAGUGGCUGGAUAUGGGAAGCAACAGCCUUCAACAACUUCCUGACAGUCUAGAAAGAAUGCAAAGUUUACAUACAUUGUGGCUACAGAGGAAUGAAAUAACAUGCCUGCCAGAAACAAUCAGAAAUAUGAAAAACUUGGGGACUCUUGUUCUCAGCAACAAUAAACUGCAAGAUAUUCCAGGCUGCAUGGAAGAAAUGACGAAUCUGAGGUUUGUCAACUUCCGAGACAACCCACUGAGACUGGAAGUGACGCUUCCUCCCAGUGACUACACAGAAGGAGAGGAGGAACAGGAGCUGUUUGGGCUUCAGUUCAUGCAUGCAUAUAUCCAAGAGUCACGGCGAACAGGUAUGAGAUUUAUGUAUUGUGGGAGGCCAGCUUCCACCUCUUAA